UUGGUUAGCGACGAUCCGAGUUUGGGAAAUGCUGUGAGACAGCCCCACAUUCACCGUGACAUAAAGCCCUCCAGACAGACAUGCCCCUGCAACACAGCCCAGUGUUGAAGAACCAGAAGCUCUGAUGGAGGAGCUCAACCAGGGCGUGCGACCACUGAUGGAGGAGCUCAACCAGGGCGUGCGACCACUGAUGGAGGAGCUCAACCAGGGCGUGCGACCACUGAUGGAGGAGCUCAACCAGGGCGUGCGACCACUGAUGGAGGAGCUCAACCAGGGCGUGCGACCACUGAUGGAGGAGCUCAACCAGGGCGUGCGACCACUGAUGGAGGAGCUCAACCAGGGCGUGCGACCACUGAUGGAGGAGCUCAACCAGGGCGUGCGACCACUGAUGCAAAAUGCAGAGAAGAAGUUCUGCAGCCGCUCGCUGCUGCGUGUCAACAACAACAACAACAUCAUCACAGACUUUAAUAAUACGUCUCACCUGGGUUCUACCUGUCCUUCAACGACAUCAUCACAGACUUUAAUAAUACGUCUCACCUGGGUUCUACCUGUCCUUCAACGACAUCAUCACAGACUUUAA